UAACAUUAGAAACAGAGAUUGUUGCGUAGUUAUUUGUGGAAUUGUAAUCGGGUGUGGUAUAGAGAUGACGUCGCCUGUAUCUAGUGUUGAAGAUGCCUUUCACACUCCCGAAGAUUCUGUAACGCCCUCAAAGUCGGAACAACCGACAGGUAGGGCACCUCCAUCCAGCAUCGAACAUGAUCCAGGCAAUCCUCCACCUGAAAUUCCCUCGACAGCAGGACAGACAACGAAACGAGUACCUCUAUUCAGCAUUGAAUAUGAUUCGGAUAGUCCUCCAUCUGAAAUUCCCUCGACAUCAGGACACCCAACGCAACGACUACCUCUAUCCAGCAUCGAACAUGAUCCAGACAAUCCUCCACCUGAAACUCCUGUAUCGCAAGAUGAACCGAUUCCAAUUCAAAUACUCCCACGGCGUGAAAGAAUCAGAAUCCAGCUUCCUUUAUGGCGCCAACAUAUUUAUGAUUUUCGCUAUUAUAUAUAUAUUGCUCUAAUUAUUGCCCUGUUGGCUAUCUUAUUUUGCGUUGUUGGAUACAUUAUACACAUGGAAAUACUUUUCUUGGGGAUUGCAACUGGAUUGGGAGCAAUGUGCUUCUCUUUUUCAUGGCUUACUAUUGCUCCAGGGCCACCAUUUCAAAGUGAUAUACAUGGGAACGAACUCGUGCCUGCUUAUCGUUAUCCACGAGUUAUAGACGAGUCUUCGGAAUCCUCGAAAAAACCAGCCUCAAAAAGUGAGACCCCCUCUGGAAGUAGUAGCUCAUCCGAAAGUACAACACAGAAAAGUAGUAGCGCCGCUGGAAGUGCAGAGCAACAGAGUAGUACCUCAUCCAGAAGUAAAACAGAGAAAAGUAGAAGCUCCGCUGGAAGUGCAGAGAAGAAAAGUUAAACUUGUACAAUAUUUGAGAAACUAGAAUAACGAAACGGACUUCCUUGUUUUUGGGAUACUUGUUUUCAUCUUAACAUUUUUUGCAGCAUGUUUGAUGCAUUUGAAAAUAAACGAGAAUU